GCACUUUUUAAACACAAUAGGGCUUUAAACUGCUGAAGGAGGUACUUAAAUACCAGUGGGAGCUUGAAAUAUCAGCACAAGUUUGGUUUGUGUCUUUUUGCAGAAGUUGGUUUUACUGCUGAAUAGCUAAGUUAUUUCUAUUCUCCAGGGGUUGUGUUAUGGCAUUUUUGUAACAAGUGUUAAUAAAGGGGCUAAAACACUUUAAAACACGUACUACAGAGUUGGAUCACUAUUGCUGGGAUCUGGUGUGUGGCAGGUGAAGGGUAUCCUGGGACAGAGACAUGUCAUCACCAGCGACCCAGGAUAUGCUCAACUCUGUUAAGCCUGAGACUUGUGCCAUUAGCAGUAAGGAUGUGGUCAGCACAAGUGCUGAGAACUGGACAGAGACACUUUGAAACCGCUUUUGGACACGCAAAGAUUCAUCCCAGGAAGUGAGAUUCAAGCUUACGGAAAGGAGUUGGAGGCUUGCAAAGUAAUAAUUAAAAAAACCUCAUGCCAGAAACGUCUAUCUGCACCAAUGCAAGUUGAUCUGGAGCUUCAUGCUUAGGGCUGAUGAUGAAUUGCCUGUGGUUUUAGGGGGAGGCUAAUUCUUGCUUUUGAUCGCAUUGGAAAUCUGAAGUUAAUGCUCAUGAGAAGUAAAACCAGAGAACGUGGGUUACUCGGUGUGCCUAAAGAUCACAGAGGCAGUAGCAAAACGACAAAACUUCUCUUUGAAGCAGUGGCUUCAGCUGUGUCAUUGUGUGCACUGGGAACUGAGAGAAGCAGCAGCCAGCCUGGGAGAAGAUGCCAGCUAAAGGGAAAUACUUCUUCAACGAGAGCGAUGACUGCAGGAUAUCAGACCCGCUGUACGAGAAGUACCGCUACACCAGCCAGCAGCAUCCGCUCCUGCUGCUGCUGCUCUUCAUUGCCAUCCUCUUCUGGACCACUCUAAUUAUCAUCUUCUUUGUUACUGCUGAAGCACAUUCCCACCUUGCCUUCAUCAUUGCCGUGUGUGCUGCCCUGGCCGUGUUUGCAGUCAUGUACUUGCUGCUGUGCAUGGAGUCCCUGUUCCGGAGGUGGCUGUCCUUGUUUGGAGUGAUGAUUUGGAUCUGCUUCCUCACUGUGGGAUAUGUGUCCCUUUUUGAAAAAGGAAGUGGUCAUCAGCUGUGGGAACAGGUGCCAUUCUUUCUGUUCAUAAUCUUCACAGUUUAUACCAUGCUACCCUUUGGGAUGAGAGAUGCUGUCAUAAUUAGUGUUGUUUCUGCUCUCUCCCAUAUUGUUGUUCUAACCGUGGUAAGUGUGACUUCUCAAGAAAAUAAGGAAUCCAUUGCAUUUCAGCUCCUUGCCAAUGCUGUCAUUUUCCUUUGUGGCAACUUCAUGGGUGCAUUUCACAAACGCCAAAUGCAGGUUGCUUCGUGGGAUUUGUACAGAUACACCUUAAAGUGCAUCCAGGUCCGAAUGAAACUGAAGAUUGAGAAAAGGCAACAAGAAAAUUUGCUUUUAUCCAUCCUGCCUGCUCAUAUCUCUAUGGAAAUGAAGCUGGCAAUCAUUGAGCGACUGAAGGAAACUAAUGAUAACAGGCAAAUGCAUGACAACAACUUCCACAGCCUAUAUGUAAAAAGACACCAAAAUGUUAGCAUUCUUUAUGCAGACAUUGUAGGAUUCACUCGCCUUGCCAGUGACUGCUCUCCUAAGGAACUUGUAGUGAUGCUGAAUGAACUCUUUGGAAAGUUUGAUCAGAUUGCAAAGGAGAAUGAAUGCAUGAGGAUAAAAAUCCUGGGAGACUGUUACUACUGUGUCUCAGGCCUGCCUGUGUCCUUACCAGUUCAUGCCAGGAACUGUGUUAAAAUGGGGCUUGACAUGUGUGAAGCAAUAAAGCAGGUGAGAGAAGCCACGGGCGUGGACAUCAACAUGAGGGUCGGGAUCCACUCCGGGAACGUGCUGUGCGGGGUCAUCGGCCUGAGGAAGUGGCAGUACGACGUGUGGUCACACGACGUGUCGCUGGCCAACCGCAUGGAGUCCGCCGGAGUGCCGGGCCGUGUGCAUAUCACUGAAGCAACAUUAAAUCACCUAGGCAAAGCUUAUGAAGUAGAAGAAGGGAAUGGACACCUGAGGGAUCCUUACCUUGAAUCCAUGAAUAUCAAAACCUACUUAGUGGUCGAUCCAAGGUCCAAGCAAUGCGUGUCGAACAACCACCUCCCCAAAACGCGGGUGAACGACGGGCUGAAGAUGCGCGCGUCCGUGCGGAUGACGCGGUACCUGGAGUCCUGGGGAGCGGCGCGGCCCUUCGCGCACCUGAGCCACCGCGACAGCGUCAGCAGCGACUGCUCCAGCUCGCAGGGCAGGCGCAGGAAGGAAAUACCUUUGUGUUCUACUGGGCGCCAGAGAACUUCUGAUAGAAAUUCAUCUCAGAAGGGAAGGAUAGAGGAAGAUAUUUAUGAUGAAAUGAUGUCAACCAUUGAAGGCCUCAAUUCAACUACCCCCUGGUGUGGCAGGUCAGAUGACUUCUGUGGAUUCUCACUGAUCUUUGCAGAACCUGGUCUUGAAAAAGAGUAUCGCACCAUUCCUAUUUUAAAACUCAAGAGUUACUUUGUGUGUGCCAGUUUUGUGUUCCUCUGUAUAUUUGUGAUCCAGAUGCUUAUCAUGCCAAAAACUGCAGAACUGGGAAUUUCCUUUGGGGUUGUUGCAGUCAUCAUUGUGCUUAUUUUGUUUGUGUGCUUUGCUGAGAAAUGUCUGAAGUGCUGCUCAGAUCAGUGGCCUCUCCUUCGCCGUCUGUGUGCUGUCUCAGAAAAGGUGGAAACAAUGCCUUUGCUUAGGCUGCCCUUAGCAGUCAUCACUAUAGCUGCCUUACUCAUUAUAGCCAUUUUUAAUUUGACUACCGAAAAGAACAAGCCUGCCAACUUUACUGGAUCAAAUGAUCUGAGUGCUACCACCUGUACUUUUGGAAACACAACUCAUUCCUGCAUAGAGGAAACUUAUUAUGCUUACUGCUGUAUAUUGGGGUUCAUUGCCUGCUCGGUAUUUCUUCAAAUGAGCUUCGAACUCAAAGUUCUCCUCCUGUCCAUUGCUGUGACUGUCUACCUCAUUGUUUUUAAUACCCUUCAGCACAAAGACAUCUACAGCAACAGUACCAGGUUUUUCAUCAAGGAGCCAAGGAUAAUGACUAAUUUAUAUCUGGUUCUGUUUUACAUAACCCUAGUUUUACUUGCAAAACAGAUUGAUUAUUACUGUCGAUUGGAUUGUCUGUGGAAGAAUAAGUUUAAAAAAGAACAUGAACAAUUUGAAACUAUGGAGAAUGUUAACAGGCUUUUGCUGGAAAAUGUACUUCCAGCACAUGUUGCUGCAUAUUUCAUUGGAGAAAAACGGAAUGAGGACUGGUACCAUCAAUCCUACGACUGUGUCUGUGUCAUGUUUGCAUCAGUACCAGAUUUUAAGGUGUUUUACACUGAAUGUGAUGUCAAUAAAGAAGGCUUGGAAUGCUUGAGGCUCUUAAAUGAAAUCAUUGCUGAUUUUGAUGAGCUCUUGUUAAAACCUAAAUUUAGUGGUGUUGAAAAAAUAAAAACAAUUGGAAGCACUUACAUGGCAGCAGCUGGUCUCAGUGUUACACCAGGCCAGGAGAACAACCAGGACAGGGAAAGGCAGCACGCUCACAUUGGCAUUAUGGUGGAGUAUGGAAUUGCCCUGAUGAGUAAACUGGAUGGCAUCAACCGACAUUCCUUCAACAACUUCCGCCUGCGCGUUGGGAUCAAUCAUGGCCCGGUGAUUGCUGGUGUGAUUGGUGCCCGGAAGCCUCAGUAUGACAUUUGGGGCAACACUGUCAAUGUUGCGAGCCGAAUGGAGAGCACAGGGGAGCUUGGCAAGAUCCAGGUCACAGAAGAAACAAGCAAAAUACUACAGGAGCUGGGAUACUCAUGUGAAUGUAGGGGACUCAUUAAUGUCAAAGGCAAGGGAGAACUGAGGACUUACUUUGUUUGCACUGAGACAGCCAAAUUCCAAGGCAUGGGACUGAACUGAGGCUACAAUGAAGUUAAUCAAAAUAGACUUAGAUCUGCCUCCCUUCUGUGAAGACGUAGAAUUUCCCUCCUUAUGUGAAGGACUUUAUUCUAAAAUCAUUUAUAUACUGUUCCUAGAAGACACACAACUGUCAGUCUGAGAAAGACUACCUUUUCCUGAAGAAAUUUGAAGAUUUACCUGGAAUUGCCAUGAAGCAUUUUCAGCUAGUCGCUUUCCUUUCUGCACUGGGAGUCUUUAACAGCUGCGGUGACAACAGGUGUGGAUGCUCUGCAGAACUCAUUCCCCUGUUAAAACAUUCCAUUGCCUGCUUGACACACACCCGCUUACAGUAUUGUGUUUGUGCUGACACGUGCAGUGAUACUGAGGGCACUGCCUAUCCUGCUUUUAAUGCUGAACAGACUUCACAGCAGAAGACAGCUGAAUAAUGGGAAGAGGAAUGCAAGGACACUCAAGUGUAUCACAUGAUAACUGUGCAGAGCUCUUUUGGGAAAAAACCUGCAUUGCACACUGUGGGGUCACUUCACCACCCUCCCUCCUCCACAGCAGUACCUUAUGUUAUGCAGAUGUUUUCAUGACCAAGAGCUGCUCAGAAAUAACUUUCAUCUAGUUCAUCAUGUUUACAUUAUAUUAUACAUUCUCCUUUGUAUUUCUCUGUAAUUAGUUUCUGCAUGUGCAUUUUGUUCUGUCAUGGUAAGUCUUAAAUUUUUAACGUUAAAUUUCAAAAAGUACAAGUGAUGGUGAGGAGCAUGGGGGACAGGCUGACAGCAGCUGCUGCUGAUCCCAGCAGGAAUUCUGAGUCUGUGCUAUGUUCUUGAGGGCACUUAGGGAAGAAAAAAUAAUCUGUUCUGAAUUGCUGGGAAGCUGAAGAACAGAAUUACUGAGAUAGUAUUAGAAACAGUAGCAGAUACUGUAUAAACAGGACUGUGUCUGUGGUGGGGUUUGUCUUUUUUCCUGUUCUUAUUUCUACAAUGUGACUAGCCACUGGCUGGUUUCUAUGUCUUUCAAAGGCAAUGCAGUUUUUUUCAUAAACUGGUUUUGAAGGUUACAAAAGGAUAUAUGGAAAAAACGUAUUCAUAAUGGAAAUGUUUCAGCAGAGCCCCAAUACUGGAAAUAUGAGUAGAGCAUUCAUAAGAUCAUUGUGGACAUGGUGUAAAUUAGUUUAGUUUGUGAGGUUUUUAAGCUGUUACUGGCCUUUGCUAAUUUCUACACUGGCAUUUUUUUACUUACUGCAAUGUCUUAAUCUGUUUGCUGUUGGUGGAGAUGAUAGUAGUCUGUAAGGCUAACAUCUUGUCCCCAGUUAUGCCCAUUACCAAGGAUGGAUUCCCCCUUUCCCCAUGUACCACGUUAGGGCUGGACAGCACUGUGAUUAGUGAGUACAACACCUGUUUGGUUCAGCCUUACUCCUCUACAAACAGCAUUUCCUAAUGCUUCUGGGUUUAGUACCAACCCAUCCUGGAAAAUUGUUUAAGCAGUCCUGUGCCUCACUGCUGCUUUCUAAUUACUGUGUAAUUUCUUUAGAAGAGGAAGUGACUAUGUUUCAAGACAGGAACAAAACUAAAUAUUGUCCAACUGUGGAUUAAAAAUCAUGCUUGUAGUCUUUGUCAAUUUUGUAGAUCAAAUCUGUGUGUAGUAGGUCUCCAACAGAAGAGAGCAUGUAAGAAAACCUGAGUUUGAGUUGUCUGGUUCACACAUGGGCUCUGCUGAAGAAGGAAGUGUCAUACUUGCUGUCGUGUUAGUGCAAGUCAGUGUUGUAGUUGAAUAAACCUUCAAACAGCUUUUGCUACUCUUGUAUUUUGUGUAUUUGUAGUUACAGGUGCUUGUUUUGAGAUAUUUAUUGUUUUACAGGACCAUGCAUGUAUCAAAGGCUCCUUUCAGCAGUCUUUGAUGUCAUGUUAGGUAAAGUGACCAUUUGUCUCAUGAAUCUGUUUUGAAAAGUGCAUUAUGUCUAUAAAUAGAGCUGGCUCUGAAGUGCUCCUGUUCACAGAACUAGUAGACUGCAGAUGUAAGGUAUCUAUGAAACAACAUUUGCUGUCUGUAACAGCAUUUUGAAAUGCUUUUGUUUACAUGUUGCCUGUCAGGCUGGUAACUUGUUAGGGUGUAACUUCAACUCGACCUCAUUUGCAGAAGUGGCAGGAAGAGCUGCAGCUUCCAAAGGGGAAGGAGUUGGGUUUGGUUACAGGUUUAAAAAGAAUGCUAGCUUGGUGUGCUGUGCACAGCCUUCUUGGGGAAAUUAGAAACUGUAUGUAAUGAAAAAGAGGAUGACUAAUUUCUCACCAGAACUGGAACUGUAUAAUUUGAGAGCUAUAUUCAACCACAGAAAAAGUUCAAUUUAACAAGCAACUGUAUUGAAAUAAUUGUUUUCAGUAAUCCUUCUGAGAGUGAACUGUGAAACUUAACAUUGAGAAAACAAUCUUGGUGGAAAAAUCUUCCUUGCAGCAUUAUUUUUUUUCUUAAAUGGAAAAAAUGGCACUGUAUCUAAUUUGAAGAGCUAAUAACAUCUGGAACUAGGAAUCUGUUUUGAAGAACAAACUUUUGUUUUUACUAUGAAAUAAAAGACUUCUUGAAACAUG